AUGGUCGAUCGGCCCAAGAUGGCUGCUCUGGCCGCGGCGUCAUCAAGCAAAGGCUCAGUUGCAGAACUGGUCGCCUGGGCUCGCGCGCAGAGGCGCAAAGGAAGAGGCCUGCUGCAGGUGGCACCUGGAAUCUACUUGGGCAACAAACAGGCGGCUGCGGAUGCUGAGCUUCUUGCCCUCAAUGGUAUCACGGCUGUCUGCGCGAUUGGCGCUCGGCCCUACAACCAUCCUGGCCUCGUCUACCACCACGUCUCGGUUGAGGAUGAUGGAGGCAGCUCCAUGCUACCUUUUCUGGAGGCAAGCUGCGACUUCAUCCACGCACAAGCACGUCAGGGAGCGGUCCUUGUUCACUGCAAGGGUGGCAUCAGCCGCUCUCCCUCGCUACUGGUGGCAUAUCUGAUGAAGUAUGAGCAGCUGGCUCUUUCCGAAGCCUUCGAGGUCUGCAGCCUGGCGCAGCCGGCGGCACGCUGCCCGGAGAACUUCCAGCGCGAUCUCGAGGUUUUCACUAAGAGCGGCCUUUUUUAA